UUUAUAAUGAAUGAAAAAAGCUGAAAUCGGCACAAUGUCCCCUUCUCUUUACUUUUAGCUUUUCAUUUUAAAAAAGCUAUUCUUUCUUUAACUCUUCUCUUCUCCCUCACCUCACAAUCACCAAACUCCACAUGCAAACACCAACAAGCAAACAACACCUUUUAACCAAACAGUACCUAACCCCACUUUCCAUUUUCUUCAUAAAAACCAAAUAACUAACACUUUCUCAUAUCAUACCUCAAUUUCAUGGCCAACUCAUCAUGGAAUUGGAGGACCUCUUCAACAUGUGACUAUUCCUCUUCCUCCUCCACCACCGUCAAACACCAUAAACACUACCAUCACCACCACAACCAUCAACAUGAUCUUCUCAUACCAGGUCUUCCUGAUCACAUAGCUCAACUUUGUCUAUCUUCAAUCAACCCUUCUCUUCUCUUCAAAGUAUGUCACUCAUGGCGUAGACUUAUCUACUCACCUUCUUUUCCACCUUUCUUUUCUCUCUAUGCAAUUCUCUCACCCCCCAAAUCACAUCAUUCACACUCAAUUCAAUUCCACAACUUUGAUCCAAUAUCGAACACUUGGAAAAUCCUCCCUCCACCACCACCACUCCAUCACAUCCUCCUCCACCACCCUUCCUUCCUCUCUCGUAAUCUCUCCGUCCAAUCUAUCUCCGUCUCCGAUAAUCUCAUCCUCCUCGCCGCCACCACUCAUAAUCUCACCCCAGCACUAUCCCAUCCUUUGAUUUUCAACCCAAGUCAGGGCUGGUCUGUCGGACCUGCCCUAACUAAUCCACGCCGCUGGUGUGCAUUAGGCACAUCAGAGGGUAUGGUCUAUGUAGCAAGUGGUAUUGGGUCCCAUUUCUCAGUUGAUGUAGCAAAGUCAAUAGAGAAGUGGGACCCGAUCAACGAUCCCAUUUGGGAGAAGAAAACCGAUAUGAAGGACGGCAGAUUCAGCAGGGAAGCUGUAGAUGCUGUUGGAUGGAGAGGAAAGCUUUAUAUGGUAAACGUAAAAGGCGAUGCUGCUAAAGAAGGAGUUGUGUAUGAUGUUGAAGAGGAUACAUGGAAGGAGAUGCCAGAGGGGAUGUUGUUAGGGUUUCGAGGACCGGUGGCGGCGAUGGAGGAGGAAGUGAUGUAUGUGGUGGAUGAAGCUAAAGGUAUUCUUAGUAGAUACAAUUCAGAAGAUGAUAUUUGGGAAAAGAUUUUUGAGUCUCAAAGACUCAAAGGAGCUGAACAAAUGGUUGCAAAACAAGGUAGAAUUUGUGUUGUUUCCACCGCCGGGAUAUCUGUGGUGGAUGUAGUGGCGGUGCCGCCUAGAAUUUCGGUGGUUGAGUUGCCGGAAGGGUUUGAAGCAGUGGCUGUUCAUGUCUUGCCAAGGAUGCCGGUAACUGAGUGAAUUAUUUUGUUUUUGUAUAAAAAAUAAUUUAAAAAAUAGUAAAAUUUAAAAAAAAAAAUCUAACAAUUUUUUGUUUAUUUUUUAUUUUGUCAGAGAGAAAAAAAAAGAGUAUUUUUAGUUGUACUUGAGUUGGAAUAGUCGUUUUAUUUGUUUAAUAGUUUAUGGGAUGAGCUGACAUUAGAUAUUUGAAAUGAAAGCUGAAAGUGAAAAUUUGUCUGUAAUGUAUAGGAGAAGAAAUGUGGGGUAAGAGGUAUUUUUUAAUUAUUUUUUCCAUAUUUUUUGACUGAGUAUGUGUAUUUGUGAUGUAUGAAACUAUGAAUUGAAUAUUUGAUGAUUUAUAGAAAUAAAAAAAAGGUGGGGAUGGUGGCAAUGUGACAUUGGCUAUGACAACAUUAUUUUUAA